UGCAUUAGUAUUCACAAUGUCGACCUUGCACACAGACAAAUAUUGAAACACGUUCAGAAUGUUUUCCAUUCUUGGAUUUUUAAAGAUGUUAAUGUUACUUAAAGAGAAAUAAUAGACCCAAGUCAUCACACAUUAAAAAUCUGUUAAACAUUUUGGAUUUGCUUACAAGAACCCUACUAUUCUCCUUUAAUUUCUCCUUUAUUUUUGAUCAGAACUUUUUAUGAUGUUAAUUUCUAAUCAAAUAAAUACUAAAGCUUGUUUAGCUGUUUGCUGCAGGUUUAAAUUCCAAUCAUCCUUUGACAGUCAAAAUGUUAACACACCCCUAAAUGUAAACAUCUGGUAAAUGAACGGCGAGCGCGAAAUGCUGUUUUAUCACAUCAAACUUCACAAUAAGGUUGAUUUUUGACUCCGUUCCUGCAGUGAUGUUUUUCCAGUGAUUGCUUGAAGUGUGAGGUGCGGCUAAGUGAUGCGUGUGGACAUGAUGGUGAGUGGUGUGAAAGAGAGGGAGGACUGUACACAGAAAAAAAAACCAAAGGGAGGAGGACAGAUGUGGACAUCUGUGGCGACUGCAGAGGUGGACUUAGCAGUCAUCUGUGUUUUACCGCUCACUGCACCUGAGCGCUGCCACCAUGUCAGAGUGACGGCUGAUUCUCACAACUCACGGUUUUCUCGUCCCAAAGGUUGACAGAUUCUUACUCCUUCAUCCCAAACAAGAUGGAGAACAACACAACAGUUUUUCAGGAUGUGACUGGAGUUGUAAAUCUACCAGAAAUGCCCAUGAAAUCUCUAGAAGAGCAAGUUGUGACAAUAUUUUUGACGUUGCUCAUUUGUGGCGUCGGCAUUGCAGGGAAUGUGAUGGUCGUGCUCGUGGUGCUGCGCACCAAACACAUGGUGACUCCAACCAACUGUUACCUGGUCAGCUUAGCAGUGGCAGACCUGAUUGUGCUCCUAGCUGCAGGCCUGCCCAACAUCUCCAAUGUUGUAGCCUGCUGGAUAUACGGCUACUCGGGAUGCCUGUUUAUAACGUAUCUUCAGUACCUCGGCAUCAACGUGUCAUCCUGCUCCAUCACAGCCUUCACCAUCGAGCGCUACAUUGCUAUCUGUCACUCCAUAAAGGCUCAGUUUAUAUGCACGGUUUCUCGGGCCAAGAGGAUCAUAGCUGGAGUCUGGAUCUUCACCUCGCUGUACUGCACCAUGUGGUUCUUCUUGGUGGACAUUGAUGAAACGGCCUACGCUAACGGGGUGGUGGUCAACUGCGGCUACAGAGUCUCCAGGAGCCUGUACAUGCCCAUCUACUUCCUGGACUUCACGGUUUUUUACGUAGUGCCUCUCAUUGUCGCCACUGUGCUGUAUGGGCUCAUUGCAAGGAUUCUGUUCAUCAGCCCGCUGCCAUCACACCUGAGCGACCGAGCAGGAGGAGGAUCCGUCCACCAGGGUCACUACAACAGUACCAGUAGUGCCAAUAAAGGGGCCAUCACUGCAAGGAAACAGAUAACCAAGAUGCUGGUUGUGGUGGUUGUCCUCUUUGCCCUGCUGUGGAUGCCCUACCGAACGCUGGUGGUCAUCAACUCCGUCAUCGACCCACCAUACCACGACACCUGGUUCAUCCUUUUCUGCCGGAUGUGCAUCUACACCAACAGCGCCAUCAACCCCAUCAUUUACAACCUCAUGUCUCAGAAGUUUCGCGUUGCGUUCAGGAAGCUCUGUAAAUGCAGCUGCCAACGCGGUGGGGCGGAGUACAACGCGCCGAUCUACUGCAGCGUGAUGAAGAAUCUGUCACACGGGAGCAACGAGCCAGUCACGGAGCAGGAGGACGUCGGUGGCCAGUUCGCAAACCGAUUCAAUGCCACAGAUGAUGACAAAGGCACUCUCAAAGUUUCUUGAAGAGAUUUUGCAAGAAUUAUCAGGACAAUGUGUGUUAACGGGAAAUUAUAGAUCUAAAUCUCUCAUUUUUGGUGUAAAUUCCUCUAAUUUCCGAAUUAUGCUUAAUGAUAUCGUCACAUGUUCUUUAUGAUAAAUGCCUGUAAUUUUGUGUGUGGAAUUAGACAUGGUUCUUUUUCAUUGUUGUUGUAAUUAUUCUGUAAAUAAAGAUAAAACGUGUGUUUCAAUAAAACAGAUGAAUCUUA